CUUGUGAUCAGCAGGCAAAAUGAGGCCUGCUACAAGAACACCCUUGACUUUCUGGUCAAAUUUAAGGAUCUUUUUCUCCACCUCACUAUUGGCGAUGGGGCGUUCAAGCCAGUGCAGGCGGGGGUAAUCCUCUCUGCCAAGUCCAUUCUGGACCUGCAGCAAAGUCUCAUUGAGAGACAUUCUUUUUCAUUUGUGCUCACAUCCAGAUUCACGCAGGACUGCCAUGAAAACUUGUUUUCGGUAGUGCGACAGGGCAACCCUAUCCCAACUUCUUGGAGUUUAAGAUGACCUUGAAAAUCAUCACACACUCGCAGUACCUGAAGGCGUCCAAGGCAGGGUCCUACGAACUGGACGAUGCCUCCUUUCACCUGGCUGACCUCGCAGACUUGGAUGUACAACCUGCUGUGCCCACCGACAUUUUUCUUGAGGAGAGGCACGAGACCCAUGUCCCCUCCAUGGUCAUCGGUUGCAGCUUUUGGCACAGUCAACAAGCUGCAAAGAGCAGCAUGAACAAAAUGAACCGGAAAAGAUGCCCAGCCACCAGCAAGCUGAUGACUGCGCCACUUCACCAUGCUGUGCCACGAUGCCGAAUUGUGUGCCAACGCCAAGCUGUGCCACGACGCCAAGCCACAUCGCUGAUGCACCAGAUGAGCCUCCGAGAUUUUGCUCAACGCUUUCCACCAACCAGAACCAAAUGUCUGACGACAACCCGUCGCUGCCAAUGCCGACUAACGACCUGGACAAGCAAGCCAGGCAAGCACGGGGUCCUUUUCAGCCUCAUCUGGGCAGCUAUGCCCAAACAGAAACGAAUAAUCGAAAGCGCAGCUUUUGUGAACACUGGUUUGCAAAGUUCAGCUGGCUUGAAUACAGUCCAGCAAAAGAUGCAGCCUUUUGCUUUUGUGGUCGGGCGUUUCCGCCGGGCAGUGGUACCAAAGCACAUUUAGACCCAUCCUUUGUUUCAACUGGGUUUCGAGCUUGGAAGAAAGCGAUAGGAAGGUUUAAUCAGCAUGAAAGGUCUGAGGGCCAUCUUAACAGUGUUGUGUCAUGGAAUUGCUCCAAAGCAAACAGAUCGAUUGGUUCAAUGCUGGAUGAAAGCUUUGAACGACGAGCGUCUCAAGUUGAAGAAAAACGAAAACAAAAUCGUGAGGUGCUAAAGCGCCUUACUGACAUCGUUGUUCUUCUCUCAAAGGGAGGAA